AAAAACGUGUGGUUCGAAUAGCUUGGUUAGACGAAGAAGCUACAACACUACGAUAAUGACGAUCUGAUGAAGUAACCUGUAAAUUCAACAGUUUUGUCAUCUCUCUCUCUCUCUCUCGCGACGAUGGCUCGCUUAGUCUUUUCUUUAAACCUUCCAUCUAGUCAUGGAUUCAAUCUCAGUCCUCGAAAUCAUCAAUCUUUAUUCGUUACCCAAACAGGAGCUCCAAGAUUUCGUGCUGUUCGUUGCAAACCAAACCCAGAAUCUUCCGAAACCAAACAGGAGAGAUUGGUAGUAGAUAAUAUUGGUGAAAGUUCAGCUGCGUCGAAGGAAGUGGAAUCAUCUGUUGCUGAUUCUUCUUCCUCUUCUUCUGGAUUCCCUGAAUCUCCCAAUAAGGAUAUCAAUAGAAGAGUUGCGGCUGUUACUGUAAUUGCGGCUUUGUCGUUAUUUGUAUCGACAAGGCUCGAUUUUGGGAUUUCCUUGAAGGAUUUAACCGCUUCUGCGUUGCCUUACGAGGAGGCUUUGUCGAAUGGGAAGCCGACAGUGGUAGAGUUUUAUGCAGAUUGGUGUGAGGUUUGUCGAGAACUAGCCCCUGAUGUUUACAAAAUCGAGCAGCAAUACAAGGACAAAGUUAACUUUGUGAUGCUAAAUGUGGAUAACACGAAAUGGGAGCAAGAGUUGGAUGAGUUUGGUGUUGAGGGUAUUCCUCAUUUCGCCUUUCUCGAUAGAGAAGGAAACGAAGAAGGUAAUGUGGUCGGGAGGCUCCCGAGACAGUAUUUAGUUGAAAAUGUAAAUGCGCUUGCAGCCGGGAAGCAAUCAAUUCCUCAUGCCCGAGCUGUGGGACAGUACUCAAGCGCCGAGUCUCGUAAGGUGCAUCAGGUUACUGAUCCUUUAAGCCAUGGAUAGAGGGAGUGGCAUCACUAUCAUGGUUCUGGCAGAUGAUAGAAGCUGUUUCUAACUCUAUAGUGCACAAAAAAGUAGACAGGAAGUAGCAGCAAUGUUUCAAAUUGAUCAAAAGAAUCCCCCAUUGGAACUAUAAAUGUUGAUAUGUUUGGAGUUGAUAUCGGUUUAUUCGGGUUUGAUAUUGCUUC